AUGUCAUCCUCAUCGUCAGAUGGCGUAGAUGAAGCUGUUGAAGAAUGGUUCGACGAAGAAUUUGAUAAUCUCGUCGACUCCCUAGUUAAUGAUCAAGCAAAAAAACCAAAGAGACGGGCUUACUACGAAAGACAUCGGGAAGAAGGACACAAUCAACUAUGGAAUGACUAUUUCAGGGAACAUGCUACAUACCCACCGGAAAUGUUUAGAAGACGUUUUCGAAUGCACAAGCCAUUGUUCCUUCGCAUUGUGGAUGCUUUAAGAAAUGAAGUUCCAUACUUUCAGCAAAGAAGAAAUGCUCACGGAAGGUACGGCCUAUCUACACUGCAAAAGUGUACAGCAGCUAUACGUAUGCUGACAUAUGGUCAAUCAGGAGAUACGUAUGACAAAUAUCUCCGACUAGGUGAAAGUACUGCACUUUUAUGUUUGGACAAUUUCACUAAUGCGAUAAUACAAUUGUUUGGCCAUGAGUAUCAAAGAAGACCUACAGCUGAUGAUCUUCAACGACUACUGGAUAUUGGAGAGUUACGCGGGUUCCCAGGAAUGGUAGGCAGCAUCGACUGUAUGCAUUGGGAGUGGAAAAAUUGCCCAACAGCUUGGAGAGGACAGUACACACGUGGUUCAGGAAAGCCGACAAUUAUCUUAGAGGCGGUGGCAUCACAAGAUCUAUGGAUAUGGCACGCAUUUUUCGGACUUCCAGGUACCCUCAACGAUAUUAAUGUUCUUGAUCGCGACGGAAUUUAUCCGAAAUGGUCAACAUUUAUCCAAUCAAUCUCACUUCCUCAAACUCCAAGAGCACAACUAUUUGCUCAACAUCAAGAAGCCGUAAGAAAAGAUGUCGAACGUGCUUUCGGAGUAUUGCAAGCGAGGUUUGCAAUAGUUAAAAACCCAGCACUACUAUGGGACAAGGAAAAGAUAGGAAGGAUUAUGAGAUGUUGUGUCAUACUGCACAACAUGAUAGUAGAGGACGAACGCGACAGAUUCACUUAG